GAUCCGCUUCCAUCACUGGUUUUGGAUCCGUCGGUGUAGAAAGUGUGCUGAUAUCCCGUUGAUAGAUUCUUUGGACUUAACCAUUGAUCUCUAUCUGAGAUCAAAACAUCAUUCUUCCUACCGAAGCUAACGACAGGCACCCGAUUGUCCACCGGCAUCGAGAAAAGUGUGCACCGCUCCGACAACUGAUGGUAUAUAUGACAGUGGCCAGUGCUUACUUCAUUUCCCCAGACUCCGUUUAACUUGAGCCUGUACGCGGUUUUCAUUGCUUCCUUUCGAAUUUGAAGAUCUAGAGGUUGCAAUUUCAGAAUGGCAUUAAGGGCAUCACCAGAUGUCGUACUCAUGACACUUAUGAUACCCAAGCACACACUUCUCUGUAGCCUGUUUAGGGGUUUUACUCUGGAAUUAACCAUUGUGGCUUUCCACCCUACUACAGAGGCGUAUGUAAUAAUGGGUCUAAUUAUGGUGAUGUACAGCCAGCGUACUAUCGCCGGCCUUAGACCCCAUGUCUUGCCAAAGGUUCUCUUACACUGCCAGAAGACUUUUAAUGUUCGGCAGACCUUCUUAUCGAUGUGCUUCUUCCAGGUAAGCUUACUAUCUAGGAUUACUCCUAAAUAUUUAACCUCAGAAGACAGUUGCAGUGUUACCCCUUUCAAUGUGGGUAGUAAUAUUGCAUAUUGCGUUUCCUAGUAUAAUAACAAUAAAUCACCAAUCGAACUAUUUAAAUUUUCUCCAAAAAAAACUUAGUAGUUGAAAUGUUAAGAUUUACUAUCGCCAAAAUGCCCUUAAGACUAAUCAACGCCUACAUUAGUACUUAGAAACUUAGUUGAUUUAUCUGAAAAAUAGCUAUACACAUAUCUUAGAUUCCAAUUCCAUUUCAUCCAAAUUAGUUUCACAGUGUCGAGACGAACUAGAAUUCCUUGGUUAUUGGCUUCACAUUACUCUGAUAUGAAUUCCCGGACACAGGAAUAUAGAGGGUAAUGAGAAAACAGACGAGUUAGCAAGAAAAGGUUUGGCACUAGGCGUAGCAGAGUUGGUGGCAAUACAAUCCAUUCAAUACAAUAAAAACAUCCAUUGCGUCACACUACUAUGCUUUAGCCGAAAGAAGGUGGAAGCAAUUAACUAUAUCUACUACAACAAGAAAAACAUGUCGGUCGUACAACAUCCAGACAACGUAUUACAUGUUAGGAUGCUCUCGCUCAAGUACCUAUUUCACGUAUUACUGCAACCCUUAUAGGUCACUGGAAAGUAGGGGAUUAUGCAGCCAGACUCAAUUAUUCUUUCAAUCCCAUCUGCAGACGCUGUCAGGUGGAGUGGGUGAAAGAAAGUCGUUUCCACUAUUUAUGCGAAUGCUUAGACUUAGCCAGAACAAGAUAUCCCUCUUUCGGUAAACCUCUCCUACAACAAAUUAAUGAAAUCGGGGACAUAGAGAUGUAAUUACGAAAAUUCUCCUGGUACGCUCUUUCUUUUUGGCAAACGAUAUAUUGCAGACAAUUAACUAAAAUCAAGGUGAUUUAAUGCUAGCAAGCUUUGUUGAUCGAAUGAUAGAGUGUAUGAAACUACAGAUCUAUGAAACUACUACCGCUAUUGAACUACUUCUAAUAUCUGUAGAAUAUCACUGUCACUCUGAGACAUUUAUACUACCGCUAACGAAUAUACUGCAAAGUAUUUUUUGAUCGCACAGACAACGUUCGUGCACCAUGGUGACAUACAUAUGGGUUGUGUAUCAACACUUUCCGAAUAGCAAGAGAAACUGAAGGAACUGAAGGAAAAUUGAUACAUAUUGGUACGUCCACGAAAAGUCCACGAAAAGUUUUGAAAACGGUAAAAUCAGCCAAUGGCGAUGUUCGUCUUUCAUUUGACAUUCAAAUAAUCCUAAUUGAAACGUCCAUAAAUAAAAUUUCCAGUCUAUCUCUAUUUGUUAAGAAACCUACAUAUGUACAUGCAUAUACUGCAGAAGUAUACACAUUCACAUUGUAAUUAGAUUCAAAUGAAUAUCAGCGAAAUAUCGGCGUAUUUCAAAUAAUAGGCAUCUGAAGCAUUUCAAAUCAAACCCAAUGGCCAUUAAAUAUCAACACCAAUAAAUUACUUAUUAGUUUAAGAUAACAAGUUUCAGAUUCAAAUUAACAUCCUUAAAAGAGCUCCUCCACAUAAGGGCUCAGAAUACUUCGCUAAUUGCGUUGCGGCCGCCUAGAUCGCGAAAUGUACCGCAACAAAGUGGGCGGAAGUGCUAUACUUUUGGCCAUGUUGGCCAUUAUUGUGUCCUGCCAAGCGGCAACACACGGCUCUGGUAUAUCGCCUCGAUAUGAUAAGUAUCUUGCCGCACAUUUCAUACCUACAAAAACUGUUGCUUUGAGUGAGUCAGAGGCCGAUUUGAAUUAUCGGCUGCCAAACACCACCGAACCACUGCACUAUGCCGUUGAACUGACAACGAAUGUGCACAAUGGCACGAAGAGAUUCACAGGCACUGUAAAAAUUCUAUUAGAAGUUAUCGACAACACAAAUACCAUAGUUUUGCAUGAACGUCAACUGUCAGAAAUCAAAGCAACCAUUACAAACGCAAACUGCACGGAUCGUGUGGUAGAACAGCUAAGCACCUCGUAUGAGGAAGCACGUGAAUUUCUUAGUCUAACACCAACAAAUGAUUCACUCAUCUUUAGCAAAGGCACCUUUUGGGUUUUGACCAUCACCUAUGCUGGAGAAUUGCGUGUCGAUAAUUUGGGAUUUUACUUGUCCACCUAUACAGAUGAAAACGACAACACACAUUAUUUAGCAACGACACAAUUUGAGCCGACCGAUGCUCGAUAUGCAUUCCCCUGCUACGAUGAACCGGCCAAGCGUGCUACAUUCACAAUCACUAUUAACCAUGAUCCCUCAUACAGUGCCAUAUCAAAUAUGCCUCUGGACGAACAGAUGAGCAGACCUGGAUAUUCUGUCUUCCAAAAGACUCCUAGUAUGUCAACUUAUUUAGUAGCGUUUGUUGUGUCCGAUUUCGAAUAUACUGAAGGAGUGUUGAACUCGAUUCCACAAAGAGUCUACACCCGUCCAGGUACAAAGCAGAAUCAGCAAUGGGCAUUGAUUUCCGGAAUGUUGUUUCUGCAAAGCCUUGCUGAAUACUACAAUAUCGAUUUCGUACUGCCGAAACUCUAUCAAGUUGGUGUGCCAGAUUUCGCAGCUGGUGCCAUGGAAAACUGGGGCUUAGCUACGUAUCGAGAGCAGUACAUGAUGUACAACAAGAAGACAUCGACAUCAGGUUCACAAAUAUAUGACGCCAAUGUCAUUGCCCACGAAUACUGCCAUCAAUGGUUUGGCAACUUAGUAACUCUCAAAUGGUGGACGUAUCUUUGGCUGAAAGAAGGUUUUGCUAACUUCUUCGCUUGGAAGACGAUAGAUGCGACAUAUCCUGACUGGGACGUCUAUCAGAUGUUCCUUAUCGACGACUUUCAAGUUGCACUCGCUGCAGAUGAUUCAGGCCAAUCAAAUCCAAUGACGCAUUACGUGCAAACUCCAUCCGAGAUCUCUGCACGAUACGAUUCUAUUUCGUAUUCGAAAGCAGCCUCGGUACUGUAUAUGUGGCAGUGUGUGCUGACCGACGAGGUGUUCCGCCAAGGACUAAAGCUUUAUUUGACUACAAAUCAGUAUACUGCUGCUGACGAGUGGCAACUUUUCGACGCUCUUAGUAAUGCUGCUGAUGCACAAAACGUGUCACUUCCUGCGACUAUGGCGGAUAUGUUCUCAAGUUGGUCUCAACAAUCCGGUUACCCUCUACUCACCGUUACACGUAAUUACAACAAUAACACAUUCACCAUAACCCAAGAUGCUUUCUUCCCAAACAAAAAUCUAACAUCUGACAAAACUUGGUACAUCCCCUUGAAUUAUGCCCACAAAUCAAAUCCAGACUACCGUAACACCACCGCAUCGCAUUUUAUGCUCAAAACGAAAGAAAUCGAAAUCAGCGAUAAUAGUCUAGCAGCUGAUGAUUGGUUGAUUCUCAAUAAACAAUCGACCGGUUUCUAUCGCAUCAAUUACGAUGAACAAAACUGGAAUCUUAUCAUUGAUGAGCUGAAAUCACGACCAUACAAAUUCCAUUCACGCAAUCGUGCUCAACUAAUUAACGACCUCUACCAGUACACUUCUACAGAUCGCAUCGACUACAGCAUGCUAUUUAAUUUAUUGCAAUAUCUGCCGAACGAGGAUCAGUACGCACCUUGGGCUACGAGCUACUCUGUAAUUCUUACAUUGAAAGUGUAUCUGAAUAGUGAUAAGGAAUAUAAAAAUUUCUUACUCUACGUAGCCUCAUUGGUGACAGGACAUUUUGAGAAGUUGGGUAUAAAUGAUGUAUCUGGAGCACAGCGUCUUACCGUGCAAGUACGUAACAUCGUCAUUGACCUCGCUUGCUUGUCAGGAAUUGAGAGCUGUCUGACGGAGACGAGUAACAAAUUAAAGGAAAUAGUGAACAAUGGUAUCACCAUCGAACCAAGCUUACGAUGGAAUGUAUACUGUUACGGCCUACGUCAGUCCGGUGAUACAGAAUUCGAUUUUGUCUAUAACCAAAUAUUGCAAUCCCGUGAUCAAGCGUUUCGUGACUCACUCACCUCUACAUUGGGUUGUUCGCAAACCGAGUCUCAACUACAAAAAUUUGUGAGUAGCUCAAUCAAUGUGUCCGUCGAAUGGCGAUCCCAAGAGCGCAUCACCUUACUCGGUGCAGUGUAUUCGAGCAGCAGUGUUGGACUCUUAGUGUGUAUUGAAUUUCUCAACGAAAAUUGGGAGGCAUACAGUAAUUUAAAUCCCGAUAGCAGCGGAAUGAAUCCACUUUAUCAAACAAUGGUUGGCAUGUCCACCAACAUAUAUAGCAAGGAACAAGAAACUAAUUAUUUGGCGUUACUGGAUAAGGUAAAGGGCAGCGAUAAGCUGUCAAACGAUUUGGAGACUGUCGCCAAAGCAAAUAUUCAAUCUAAUUUUGACUGGUUGAACGAAUAUCGUGAUCCGAUUAUGUUGUGGAUGAAAAAGUUCGCUCAGGGUGGCAGUGCUGCACUCAAAGGCGGACUUUAAGGCGAACAUUCAAACUAAUUUUAACUGAUUGGGUAAAAGCUGGAUGGUUGCUGAGAUAUUGGUAUUAAUGAAUAUAUAAGUAGUAAAUGAGGCAGGGCUGCUGGUAUUCCCAUAGUUCUUUAAACCAUAUGAAAUCGAUAAAUGUAUGUAAUUUGCACUAUAAGUAAAUAAAUAUCAUAAAUAGCAGAA